AGUCGGAAGUGAAAUUUGUUUCAUGUGGUAGCUUUCUCCAUUGCUAAAGCAUAGUAUAUUGUCGUUCUCGACACAGUUAGAAAAUUUAUACGGCUUAAAAGGCUGCAAAGGGGGAUAUGACAACACAAAAAAUUAUAUUUAUACGAAAACUUCCAAUGAAUUGAAUCAACCAACGGUGGUUCCCGUCGACAUCUUUGUUGGUUUGUGUACCCUGUGAAAAUGGUUAGAAAUUAAUAUUUUUUGUUGGGAUUCACCUUCCCUUGUGUUUAAGCAAAUGUCCCUAGAGAUAUUUUAGUUGGUUUAAUAAUACAAGAAAAAAAGAUAAAGAGAAAGGAAGAGUAUAACUCAAUAGUCAAAGUUCCUCUGAUUUAGCUGUCUUCUGUCUCGUUCUCAUGUCACAUGAACCAUACCUUUCUCUAACAUCACUCCCCCCUCCCCAAAAAUAGACCUCUCUCCUUCUCUUUCUCUCCGUUACAUUCUUCGCUCACAUCCUCCCAAAAAAGGCUCUCUCACCUUUACUUUCUCUUUCAUUUAUUUACACUAAUAACCUUCUAUUUUCUUGCACCAAUGGAACAACAACAACAACUUACCCCGGAGCUCUUCCUCGUCGCCGGUAACUCUGACUCUUUCGUCGUCGACGACCUUCUUGACUUUUCUAACGACAACGGCCAACCUGACGACGGACUUGAACCCUUUCCUGACUCUUCCACCGUCUCCACCGGUAUUCUUGCCGAUAGCUCCAACUCCUCCUCGUCGCUUUACACCGACGGCAGCGUGUUCUCCGACGACCUUUGUGUUCCGAGUGAGGAUUUAGCUGAACUUGAAUGGUUAUCGAACUUGGUGGAAGAAUCAUUCUCAAAAGAAGACCAAGACAAGCUUCAGUUACUGUCCGGCUUACAAAAACCUCAAACCACCCGGUUAACCCAAACCAAACAAGAACCGGAACCCGAACCUGAGUUGGAUCAAAUCUUCAUCCCCACCGACACUGACGACUCCAAUGUCUCCGUUCCCGCCAAAGCGAGAAGCAAAAGACCACGCUCUGCAGCCUCCACGUGGGCUUCUCGUCUUCUAGCAAUCGCCGGCUCCGACGAGUCCUAUCCCAAGAAGAAACAGCUCAGAACUAAAGAACACGACGGCGCCGGAGAACUCGAAGGCGAAGUCGGAGAGAGACGGUGUCUCCACUGCGCGACGGAUAAGACACCGCAGUGGCGGACGGGGCCGAUGGGUCCCAAGACGCUGUGCAACGCGUGCGGAGUGCGGUACAAAUCGGGGAGGCUCGUGCCGGAGUACAGACCGGCUUCGAGCCCGACGUUCGUGAUGACGAGGCACUCGAACUCUCACCGGAAAGUGAUGGAGCUGCGGCGACAGAAGGAGAUGAGAGACGAGCAUUUGCUGAGUCAGCUUCGGUGUGAGAAUCUCGUGAUGGAUAUCAGAUCCAACGGCGACGAUUUCUUGAUCGGUGAUAAUAAUAGUAACCACGUGGCUUCUGAUUUUAUUAGGCGCUUAAUCUAACCUUCUUAUUUCCACGUGGAUUAAUUCAGAAGAUUCCUUAAUGGUUAUUUUAACGUUUUAGCGUCUUGUUUUGUUUACAUUUGCAGAUUACUAAUGGUAUUUAAUUAAUUCCUUUUUUACUCAAAAUAGAAAACUUUAUAAGUGAAAAUAAAAAUUUAUAAGUGAAAAUAAUAAUUUAGGAAACACUCUCGUUUCCGCCACAUGACGAGUCAGCCUCACACGCGUGUAUAACCCACUUCAUCUAGCUACUACUUCUUUCUCCAAAUUUGCUGACUGAAGAAUGCUUCAAAUCUUCAACGUCUUCCCUUUUAACAUCAUAGGAGAAUGGUGAAGCGGCUACAGAUCUAGCAUUAAGUUGUUCUAGCUUCAAUACUCCUACCAACCUUUUUCCCUGUGUAUCCAAAUCCAAAAGUGAACAAUAUAAACUGCCUAUGCACAGUUUAUGUUAAGAAAGCUCAUGAAUUUGAAUACAAAAGGUAGGUCUCGGUGUAGCUAAACACCUCACCACCAAAGGCCGUUGUAAAGCAGUAUCCAUAAAUUCUCGAGACAGCUAAAACAUGCUUGACUCUUGAGAACAUUGGAGGGAGAGGUAAUGGAGAAAUCUCCAAACCUGGACGACACUGACAAUAUACUAAAAUAACUAAUAGAAAAAUCGAAGGGAUGAUCCGGAAUAAGAGAUUAAAUCUUGGUUACCUUGGCGAAAAUCCUUUACGCAAAAAUCCCUUGCGAAAACUUCAUCACCAUCUUUGAUCUGCGGAAUAGCGUGAGUGUAAAGUUAUAGGGUUUCUGCUUUCCUCUGUUAAAUUUAUUUACUUUUACCGACAACUCCUCGACGGUAUUUUCAUUUAAAAUCAGGCCAAUUUAACACAUGUGACCCAAAUCAAAGCACUGCUCGCGUUUUUUUAAAUGAUUUGACUCGAUUUUUGUAUUUAAGUCUACAAAUUGAUCAUGUUUGUACUUUUAUAUUUUUUUUAUAAUUUCUUCUUUUUUUAAAAAAAAGAAGAAACAAUCUAUGUUUUCUUAUUAAUAUUAUUUUUCAAGUAGUGUUGAUAAUACAAAAAAAAAAAGUCAAAACCUAAAACAGAAUAAGACACUGAGUCAUGUUUUGGUCGGAGAUUACUUAAAAAGAUUAACAUUUAAAUCUUAUGUAAGCUAAGCUAGCGAAUCAUGUAUAAGAACAGUCCUUAGCUUAGACACAAUCAAAAAAAGAAUGAGAAGAAGAAUUAUAUAGGCAAGAAAGAAGAAGAAAAAAAGACUUUAACCCAAUCCCUUACCACUUCAUUUUCCCGAAUCCCCUUUUGAGACAGGGCUUGUCGUCACACCACCUGAAGAAGAAACCAAGCAAACAGGUUUCAUAAGAGGUUUCUAGUGAAACCAAAAUAAAUAAUAAGAAAACUUUACAAACCACAUACCGAGAAGGAAUCCAGCACCACCAAAAACCGCUGUAAAGCAGUAUCCAUAAAUUUUUGAGACAGCUAAAGCAUGCUUUACCCUCGAGAAUAUGGACGGAGAGAGGCAAUGGAUGAAAUCCCCAAAUCUGGACGACACAUACAAUAUACUAAAAUAACGAAUAGAGAAAUUGGAGGGAGGAUCCGGAACAAAAGAUUAAAUCUUGCUUACUUGGCGAAAGUCCUUUGUGCGAAAAUCCCUUGCGAAAACUUCAUCACCAUCUUUGUUCUACAGAAUACGUGGGUGUAAAAUUAUAGGGUUUCUGUUUUCCGUUGUUAAAUAUAUUUACUUUUACAGAACCCCUCGACCGUAUUUUCAGUUCAAAUCUGGCUCAUUUAACACAUGUGACCCAAAUCAAAUCACUACUCUUUAUUUUUUUUUGAAUAUAAUCAAAGCACUACUCGCGUUUCUCUUAAAUGAUUUGAAUCGAUUUUUGUAUCUUAUGUAAGUUGGGACCGAAAGGUCCUAACCGGAUGUAGCGGUUCGAUAACACGUCAACCGGGUCAAUUGUGUGUGUUCUUGAUUCCGUCGGUAUCGAUCCGUGGCGGAAUUGACGGAACUCAAUUCCUCAACACACACCCAAUAGUUAUUAUGCCGUCUCAUGUCAGUAUGAAAUCAAGACGUUAUUAAUAAAAAAUGUAAUUUAAGAAAAUAACAAUGGUAAAUUAUGUAUUAGAGUGUAUUGAUCUAUCAGUUGUUACAACUUACAACUAAGGCGAGCAACACGGUUACCAGUUACCAAUUGCCAUGCAAGUUUAAGUGGCUGUUGCCAUGUUUCCCAUACACUCCUUGUUAACGCCAUCGAUGUUUAGUCUCGUACGUCAUGUAGCUUCUAAUAAAAAUUCAUCUUUUGGAUGUUUAGGUAGGCGUAUAAUUCUUUUUUGUAGAUAGAUGUUCUUGAAGGACAGUCUGAUCAUUGAUAUUUAUUUGCGAGUUGAGACCCAACAAUUACUCACAAUCCUGUCAACGAACAUAGCUCACCAGAACUCCCAUGUGACAUAGUUAUCAACAAGAUUGCAAUGAAUAGAAAGCAAAUGGAAACUUGUCCUCUGUGCUAUACAAAACUUUAGUUCAAAAUUUUAUUAUUAUAUAGAGUAUUACAAUAACAAUAAUAUAAAAAGUUUAGAGCAACAUUAUCGCCGGGCCUUAACUGAGUCCUUAAGUAAAUUGGGCCGAAAUUUAAAUCAAAAAGACGGAAAUUAGAGCAACACGAACCUUAAUUAAGGUGUUUUUGACAUGGUCCUUACUUCCACCUGGCAACAUGCGAUUGGGUGCGGAAGUCGUGUAGGGCAAAGUCGCGUAGCGGUCUCCAAAUCAGUUUUCUCCUUCAUCCGAUUCUGUCUCGACGGCGACGGCGACGACGAAACUUCUCGACAGCUUGUCCGGUGAUUUCUCUCUCGACGGCGAAACCUCUCCGUUCGCUCACUCGAAACCGAUCUAUUCUCUCAACCAAGCUUCUCUGUCGUUUCCAAUCUAAACGGUAUGUGUUCCUCCUCUGUUAUGAGUUUAAUUAUUAUUUUUUUCCGUUAUGAGAUAUAAAGGAUGUCCUUGUUAUUGUCGAUCUACGAACUCCGCAUAGAUUGCAUGUUAACUUGAGGUCAAGUAGUUGUUAUUGUCAGAUUGCAUGUUAACUUGAUGUUUGUUUGAUUCGCUGAUGAUAUGAUUGGCGUCUGUUGUAGUUCGUUUGUUCUGAGGCUAGUGGCUUUUUUUUUCCGUUAUGAGUUAUAGAGGAUGUCCUUGUUAUUGUCGAUGAUAUGAAUGUCGUUUCUGAUUUUUUUUUCUCUCUUAUUUGUUGUGAUGAUAUGAAUGUCGUUUCUGAUUGUAUGAAUGAUAUGAAUGUCGUUUCUGAUUUUUUUUUUCUCUCUUAUUUGUUGUGAUGAUAUGAAUGUUGUUUCUGAUUGUAUGGUUUGUGUUUGAGUAAAUCGAAUUGAGGUCGAGUAGUUGUUAUUGUUAGAUAGCAUGGUAACUUGUAGUUUGUUAGAUUCGCUGAUGUUAUGAUUGCCGUCUCACAUAUUUCGUCUGUUGUAGUUUAACUCUUUAACUCUUUAAUUCUUUAAUCAACGAGAUUCAUUCACUCAGCAUGAUGUUUUCGAAUUUCAACAAGGAGAAGAUGUGGAUCUUAAAUAUUCCGUCAAUAUGGCUACAAAUCUCGGGAAUACAAUUGAUCGUCGAACAAAAGUUCGGAAUAGACAAGCCCAUCAGCAACUAAAAAAUGAUUUGAUUGAAAAUAUAUAGGCUAAAUUUGGACAUCUUCCAAAUAACAUAUAAUUUAUAUGUUUCUAUGAAUUGAAUAAAAUAUUUGUUUGCUUUAAUUUAUGAUGUUUGUUAAUUUUUAUUUUUUUUUGGCAACUUUGUUAUUUCCUUAUGUUUUCAAUUUUAAUGUUAUAUGUUUUAUUUUAAACUUAUCUUUUAUACGUCAUUACUUAUUAAAAAUAAACAAUUAAUUUACUAAACAACAACAAAAAAAUCCUACCAAUAAUCUACACUUUUGGGAUUGUGUCUUAGCUUUGUUUCUUACCAUACAAAUAAUAAUAAAUUAACCUAAGGACUCAAAAAUUAAUCCUACCAAUAAUGUUGCUCUUAUGACGGUUGAGCAGAGCUGCAAGGUCCUUGUCAUCUUCUUUCACAUUUGUUCUCUCAAUUUAUAGAAUCUUUAAAAUACAAUUGAGGAAAACACAGAGAAAAUUUGAUAGCUAGAUUUAUAUUAAUAAGCCAGAGAAAACGUAAUAUUGAUUAUGGUUGUACUUGUACAUGGGUAAACGUAAUGUAUGUAAGCGUAAAUUUUAUACCAUUGUUGUAGGAAAAAAAACCGUAAGAUUGAUAACAAGGAAACACAUACUUCUUCCAUAAAUACAACGUAGAGUAGGUUUGCAAGUGGAAACAUAUAUAGGAGAUGAAGAAGAGAAAAAACAGUUUCAAAACACCAAACGAACACAAGACAAGAAGCAAGCCACCACUAAAUUAGUACGAGAGUGCGGAUAAAACACCAAACAACACAA